AGCCAAUAGCGUGGUGUUUGUGGGGCAGCGCUGCCGUUUGAAACACGUCCACAAAGGAAGUAUAGUUAGAGAGCUAAAAAUUAGCUAACUGGUGCGUUAGGACGGUGGAAAUUAAUGUUGUUUAUAUAGAAGACGGUUAUAAUUCGUAUUAUGCCUGAAUACGGACGGGGGAAACGUUUAAAUGCGUCAAAAAUGUUGAACAGGUAGGGUGGCUAGUUAGCUAACAGCGCGCAUAUUGAUUGUGAAGCGACGUAACGUUAACGUAAGUAGCGACACUUUUAGCUACGUUGUGUUUAUGCGCUGAAAGACGAACAUAUUUCGCUGUUUUAACUGAUAAGACGCACGUUUUCUAUAGCGUGUGGAGCCACUGGUUCUCUUUAACAGUCCUCUGCACUAUGGGGAUGGUGUAAGCUUGGCUAAAACCGCAAACUAGUCAAACGUCUGGAGCAUAGUCGAUACAGGCAUUUAUACUUAGGCGUGUCUGAGCACCUUGUUUGCUAAAACAGCGUUCUUGUCCAUCUUAGCUGAAAUAAAAGGCUAAGUGGGUGAGUACAGUUUAAAGAAGAAGUAUGAAGACCGCGGAGAGAAAUGUGGUGCGUCUUGCAGUUGUGCAGCACCUUCGCAAAACCUACGCCAUCAAGACGAAGAACUGGAACAAAUGCAAAAGCAGCAAGAGCACACCAGGCAAUGGGACAAAGGUCUUUGGCAUUGCUUUAGAGAGUCUACCACAUUGUCAUGUGCUAGACUAUGGAGAUAUACCCUGCUUCCUUGUGGAUGCCUGUACAUGCCUUCUGGGACAUUUGGAAACAGAGGGCCUGUUUAGAAAAUCAGGUUCUAUUGUUCGUGUGAAGGCGCUUAGGGUGAAGUUGGAUCAGGCAGAAGAGUGCCUGUCCACUGCGCUGCCCUCAGAUGUAGCCGGACUCCUCAAGCAGUUCUUCAGGGAGAUGCCUGAGCCUCUUUUGGCCACAGACCUACAGAGCAGCUUUCUGAAAGCCCAGGAGCUGCCCACCUCGGAGGAGAGGACAUCAGCAACCCUCCUGCUGUCUUGUGUGUUGCCUCAUGAGAAUUUAAACACUCUGCGCUACUUCUCCAGCUUCCUAAAAAGGGUUUCUCAGAGAUCUGCUGAAAACAAGAUGGACAGUAGCAAUCUUUCUGUCAUUUUUGCGCCGAACCUCUUUCUCUGGGGGGAUGGAACAGACAAAGUAAAUGCCAGCACAGAGAAGAGACUAAAGCUUCAAGCUGCUGUGGUGCAGUGCUUUAUUGAAAACGCUCAGGAUCUAGGUGUGGUACCUGAGUUCCUUAUGGCCAAAGUUCCAGCCAUGCUAGGCUGUGAAUCCGGAGUGUUUUCCCCUUCGGAUGCUACCGAGGAGGGAAGUACACCCUCGGGCGUAAAGAGGUGCAGGCGCAGUUUAGGAGAUAUGGUAAAUGGAGCUCUGACUAGGUUAAAAAGUAAUAGAACCCCUUCAAAUACACCUCAGCUUGAUGCAACAGUCAUUUCCACUGGUACCCCUGUUGGAACCCCUAAGCGCAAACUGCCCCUAGAGUCAGGACACAGUUAUGGAUUCUCCAACAAAAAGCGCAAGUCGAUCAAGAACAUUGGGCUGGACCUUCUGCCAACUGCCUUUUUUGGAGGAACCUCCACACCUGGAUCAGUCCACAGUGCCUCAGGAACCCUGGAUUCAUUUAGCUCGCCCUCAGUCAGUAAAAGUAGCCGCCUGACUGCCAGCUCGGCAAGAAGAAAGAGCAAAAGAUUGAACUACAGAAACAUUAACAGAGUUGAAUCAGGAAAGUCCGGCUGCUUUUCUCCAAGGGUGGCCAAAAAAGAGACCACGAGAAAGUCUUUGCGUCUGCGCUUCAGCCUUGGGAAAACCAGCAGAGAUUGUAGUGUCAUUUCAAAUUCUCUACCGGUGCCAAAGGGGUCAGAGGUCAUUGGCUGGCGCCUAGCGACACAAGAGAGUGUCACCAGUUUUCACUUCAAAGACGCUGCAUUUAGUCCAGCUGUACUGACAAACAGUACUUCACAAGGAACCAAAUACAUCAGUAAAUCCGAAGACAACCUGCUGACCCCUCGUGAGGUGGAAGAGCCCAGGACGUCCUGGAGUAGGAAGACUCUAGACGAAAUCACUGAGCACUCUUUCUCUGACACGCCAAUGAAAGCAUACCUCAGCUACCGUUCAGAGCCAACCAUUGUCAUCAGCAAACCAGCUGUAACCAGCACUAUUCCGAGUCUCUGCUGUGCUACUAGUGCCGAGAGCUCAGCUAGCUCUGAGUCUUUCCAAGAAGAAGGCUCUCUGGCAGCUCCUAAUCUUCUGCAGGCCACUGGAGCUUUUGUAGUAUCUGACAGUAAGAGUCCUACUACAGACAGAGAUGGACCCAAAGACAAAACAGAGGAACCUUCGGGUGCAGAAGACAUCCUUUCUUCUUCAUAUUCCUCUUCAAUUUUACAAAAUUCAGGUGAACUAAAGAAAAAUGUUGAAACACCACAAAAAGUUUUGAAGGAUAAUGAUCAUAAUAAUUUUGGACAAGCGGAAUUUGUUCCUUUGUCUCCUCUGCAUAUAGACAGUACUCUGUUUGAAGCUGCAGAGAGUUCAGAUUUGGUGAAGUACAUCUCUGUGAGUGCUGAGAAGGCCUCUGAGAGUUCUGACAAUGAUAACAGUUCGCUGUUUAGAGACACCUCACCAACUUCUGCAGACUGUAGCCAGCUGAUUGAUGCCCUUGACAUUCAAAGUCCUGUGGCUUUCAGGCUCAACAGCUCAAUCACAGUUCAGUCUACACCAUUUUCAGGAAAAGAGCAAGCAAAGGAACUUGAUACCCUGCAGUCUGAAAAGAAGGCUCUGAAAGAGCCACUGUUGUUGGGAAAGACUUCCAAGUCUAGUCAGCAUGGAUCUACACUUGGUUCCAAGUGUCAAAUGAAAGUGGCUGACCAUGUCCAACAUUUCAACAUGCUGACAAUCAAUUCGCCCAAAGUCAAAGCCCGAUCGCCUUUAAAGUUCCAACGAACACCUGUACUGCAGUCAGUCCGGAGGUUCAACUCUCUGAACGAGAGGAAAGAAGCCAGGUCUGGAUGGUGUGCUACACGUCAAGGUUCAACCAUAACUAAAGCAGUUGGUAUAAAAAGUGGCCAGUUCAAUAAAUCUCAACAGCAUCCUCAACACUGUGAGGUCUUCUGCUCACCUCCUGAUGAUGCUGAAGUUUCUUUAAAGCCAAAUCUACUAGUGUCUCCACAAAAGCAUGCCAACAGUAGGCAUAGUGCUUUGGGAGAUUUAACUAAUACAGUAGCACCCAAGACAAAGGGCACUGGAUUGUCCACCAAAUCUGGCGUAUCUGAAGCAGCCAAGUCUGUUAUAGUGCAAGAAUCUGAGAAAGCAUACAGAGGUUCACCCAAAAACCCCCUUACAACCGGCAUACUUCUUUCUGCUUUGAAGCCUAUAGAUCUAUAAAAGUGCAACUCGGAUGAAUCAUAUCUUAUAGCUCUGCAAUUUCUUAAUUUCGUUUUCAGGGGUAUUAAUUUAUUUUGUCUUUCAAGUGACCUUGUGCUUCAUGGCCUUUUUUUUGUACUGCAGCCUGAUGCCCAUUUCUUUCGCAUUAUAUGAUUUCGAUCUGCUGUUUGAGGGUAAUUCUUGGCCUAAUUUUGAAUGAUGAUUUGAACAUUGUUCUGGAAGUUUUAUUAAUUUAGCAGAAGCUAGAUUGAUAGUGUGUGUAAUGGCAGAGGGCUUGGCUUUGAGGGACACUUUGUUAAAGAAAUGAUACAAGUUAUCUCUUAACUAAAGCAAGUGAAAGAUGAAUAUAAGGAUUGAAAGUGUAAAGUGUAAGGGUUUACCCUGGAUUUACUGUUGGUAUUUUAUGUGACUGUGCAUGUCUGUGACCUGGAUGGAAGGAUUUUAGAUAGCAGUCUUGUUUGCGUUUUAAUUUAUUUACACUUUUUUUUUUUCUUUUUCUUUUUUUUUCCAAAUGUAAUGGUUAAAGUCUUAAGCAGUGGUGAGAGUGACAGCAAUGAGUGUGCUGAAAAAAAAAUAGUGUGUCAAGAAGGCUUUAUAUGUUUGGAACAAAUGUCAAAAUAUCAAAAUUGUUAAUCCGUUAUGUAUAAUGCAUGUCAUGGAACUUUUUGAGCAUAAAAUUUCAAUUACAAACCCAUGUUGGAAUGCCUGGAAGUUCCUUUUUUUACCACAGUAUGGCGCUCUACGAUUUAAGAGUUCCUCUGCUGAGAUGUCUUAAGAAAAAUGCCAGUGUGUGCUUAAUUAAAACCAAAGUAAUGCUUAUUUAACAUAAAGGGCUCAAUAAAAUGCCACAAAGGAGAAUAACAUACACACCCAAGCACACCAUUCUCUCUUAGGACAAAGAAAUAUUAAAAAUUGAGCCCGAAACCUCCCCUCACCCCCAAUAACUUGUCUCCUGGGUGUUCUAUAUCAUUAAAUGUAAUUGUUAAGCAUGAAUAAGUUAAAAGCAUUAUUAAAUGUUAAUUGUUGCCAGAUUGAUGUGGUAUAAAGUGGAAUAAAUCACUUUAGGAUGUGCUGUUAUUGGAAAAUAAUCCCCAGUCUGCUACAACCAUUUGGUCCUAUUAGCUUUUUAUUGUCUUUAGAAUGUUUCUCCUUUAUGCAAAGGAUCAUGGCAAUUUAAUAAAUACGCAAAUUUCUCUACUGCAUUAUCUUGGUGAUUU